CUACACCGUAAGAGGGUUUUGCCAACCACCAUAAAACACUACAGAAGAAGGAAGGAAACGGAACAUGGCGGCCGACAAAUCUACUAAAGAAAAGCUGUUGUCUGCUCUGAAUGAUAUAGAAGUGUUAUCCAGAGAACUGGUAGAGAUGCUCGCAUUGUCGCGAAGCCAGAAACUUCCCCAGCCUGGAGAGGAUACUCAGGUGCUGGAGCUGCUGGUGCAGAGGGACAAAGAGUUCCAGGAGCUGAUGCGGACAGCCUUGAGGCAGGGCAGGACCCACGAGGAGAUGCAGAAGCUGGAGAAAGAAGUAGAGAAGAGGGACGGUGAUAUCCAGCUGCUGCAGAAGCAGCUUAAGGAGGCGGAGCACAUCCUGGCCACUGCUGUGUACCAGGCCAAAGAGAAACUCAAAUCCAUCGAGAAGGCCAGAAAAGGCAGCAUCUCUUCAGAGGAAAUUAUAAAGUACGCACACAGGAUAAGUGCCAGUAAUGCAGUGUGUGCUCCUCUGAACUGGGUACCAGGUGACCCACGAAGGCCGUAUCCUACUGACCUUGAGAUGCGUAGUGGAAUGCUAGGUCAUAUGUGUAACCUGCCGACUAACGGAGUGAAUGGACACCUGCCUGGAGAUGCACUGGCUGCUGGGAGAUUACCAGAUGUGCUGGCCCCUCAGUACCCAUGGCAGUCUGCAGAUGUUGCCAUGGCAAUGCCUCCACCACCUCACCAUGGUAACGACCUUGGAUUGGAGUUGCCAGGGCACAAUAAGGAGAAUGAGGAUGAUGUGGAGGCCAUGAGCACCGACUCAUCCAGCAGCAGCAGUGAUUCUGACUGAGAAUGUGUGACUGACUGAGAGAGGCAAUAUAAAUAUAAAAUUCUCCAAAAAGGAUUGUGUGCAAGAUAUCUUGAUACAAAAUUUUCCAAUAGGACUGCUUUCUAAACUUAAACAUUUUUUAAGGUUAUAAUUAACUUCAUUCCUUCUGUAUUGUUAAAACGUACCUUACCUCAGCCAGCUGAAAAUAUCUCAUGAUACUAAGCUUAAACAAUUAAAGUGUAAUUUGCAGCUUGUUUUACACGUAUCAGGUUUAGCCUGUUUUUCUCACCUGUUUACCAUUGGAGAGCAAGAGCUUCUAGGAAUUCAAGAAUAUUUUGGUACGUUUAUGAAAACAUUUCAUUCUCUUGUCUGAAUCCUAUUGGCUUGAACAGAUGGGUGUGAAGUUUGGCUUAGUUUGAUGGACUUGUCACUCAGCAUACUGUAAGCUCAUGUAGAAAUGCUGCAAACAAUUAAUGUAACUCAGCAGUUGUGUAAAUAGAGCUGUAAAAAUGUUUGAGUUUCAUAUCUUGUAAAUACAGUUUGUUUGGUAAAAUAUUUGUCUCUUUUGUAUUUGGAGCAGGAAUAAAGGGAGUGGGUGCUCCUCACAUAAGUGCACUUGUGUGCAAUAUGGUGUGUGGGGUAUGGGUGGGGUUCUUUAAACAGUCGAAGUUGACCCAGGAAUAAUUACUAGGAUUUAAAUUCCUUGACUUUUGAGGUUUGGGCUUGCACAUGUAUGUGAACAAAAGGUACUACAGCCAGUGAAUAGAUUUGGUCAAGAGUGUACAUAUUCACAAUGUGUUCCAGAAUGGCACAAGAAAAAAAAUGCUACGUAAACAUCACAUUCAGUAUAUAAAGUGCUGUAACAAUAACCUAUGCCAAUAUGUGUAGAAUAGUAAUCUGGUAGUAUGUAAAAUUGUGUAUAUAUGCAUAUUUGUUGCCCCUAUUUCACUAUGUACAUUAUAACAGCCUCAAACUAGCACUGACACCUAUUUUUCUUUUUUUAUGCAUUCUUGGAAUAAUAACUAUGAACACGAAAUUACAUCUUUUCACUGCCCCA